GACUUGCUCCUGAGGCAAAUAAAUUAGUAAGCAGCUUGAAAACAAUGCCAAUGCUGCAUGAUGAGGCAUAUGCUCAGGAAACAAAACUGAACAGCUUCCAUGAAUUUCCAGAGAACACACUGGUGCUCCCUGUCUCUAAGCAAAAUAAAAGAAUUUUUUACACAAUCCUGGAGCUCUCACCACUGCUUGAUUCUUCCAACAUGACUCCAGAGGACUGGGCCAAAAUUGCAAAGAAACUUGAGGAACACUAUGAAAAGUAUGAUGGUUUUGUGAUCCUUCAUGGCACUGAUACGAUGGCAUAUACAGCUUCAGCCUUAUCCUUCAUGUGUGAGAAUCUGGGUAAAACUAUUGUUCUGACAGGAUCUCAGGUGCCCAUAUACGAGUUGCAGAAUGACGGCCGAGCCAACCUUCUGGGGGCAUUGCUGUUUGCUGGGCAGUUUGUGAUUCCUGAGGUGUGCCUGUAUUUUUAUAAUAAACUGUACAGGGGAAAUAGGGUGACUAAGGUGGAUGCUGCGAGUUUCAAUGCCUUUUCCUCACCUAACCUGCCUCCACUUGCAAAUGCUGAGGUUGAUAUUACAAACAGGGCUGACUCUUGCUGUUUCAGCAUUAUGGAAAGCAGCCUGAGGAUGCCAGGAGGAGUAGGCCAUGUGCAGAAACUCUUCCUCAGGCUUCCUGGUUCUAACAAAGCUGGGAAUGAAAAUUCCAGAGAAGCAGAGGGAGAGAG